GGUGGUCCGGAUACUCCCGGAUGAGGAAUUCCCACUGGAUUGAAAUUCAUCGAACCUAUCGAUUCUCCUGAAUGGGCCGGCAACUACACCAAAUGCAGAUAAAUAUUAUUCAAACUAGCGUAACUGACAUUGAUGUAGAUAAUUCACAAGUUCUGAAAUACGCACCUCUUGGUCUUGAAAAAUACGCGGCGAACAAGUCCUAUGAACCAAUUAUUGGCAAAAUUAAUAGAGCUACGGGACAAACUGUGGUAAAAGAAAUCUACAAAAUAAAUGUUACAUUUGGAGAAACCAAUUGCGCUAAGGGGCAGAAAACUAAUUGCGCACUGAAACCGAAUGCGGAAUCUGAAAACUGCACCAUCGAAGUAUUGCUCUACCUUUGUAAUGAUGGUGAUGAUGAAGAUUCAAAAGUCACUGUUACUUGCCCAUAGAUAGAUAGUUUUGAGGUAUUUUUAUAUUCUCUGAAUUUCUCUAUACAUAUUGGAAACAAUUGAACUGCAAUAUUCUACGAUCAUUGUACUAGGGCAUUUCCAUGAAAAAGCGGACAUUUUUGUCCGUGCAUCACGACAUUAAAAAUAGUAUAUUUUUGAUACAUUAUACUGUAAAAUUGAGAUUUAAAUUGGACAAUUUCCUAUAUUUCUUAAUACAUCAUAAUUAAAAAAACAUUUUUUAAUUAUAAUUAGAAAAAAGAU